GUAAUCAGUUCGCCUACGUUCUCUCGCUCUCGCACAUUAUUGCUGACGGGUACAUCUACUACAGGCUUCUCAGUAUGCUGACGUGCAAGCUGACGCCGAUCGUGGCUUUUAGUCCAGUGCGAAAAGCGGCUUUCAAUGAAGAGCGCUGGCGCGCUGUCGGCAGGUCUGAGUAUGACUUCAUUUUCUCCCCUGGCUUCCUGCUCAACUGUCUUACCAGCAAGCUUCUGCGUGGAACGCCGCGCUGCCAUGCGUAUCUCAUCAACCAGGAGAAAGUGCGGGAAUUGAAGGCCUUGGCUGCAGAAGACGAGCAAGUGCAAUACCUCUCAACGAAUGACAUCCUGUUCUCCAGCUUCGCGAAACUCUUCGGCGCUCGGGCCUGCUCCAUGGCUGUCAACUUUCGUGGCCGCCUGGCGAACGUGACGGAGGAGGAUGCUGGCAACUACCAGGGCCUACUUUGGUUCGGUCCCGAAGAUGUCGCCAGCCCCUCCCUGGUUCGAGCUACAUUGGAGCAGGGACGGCUGCGCGGAGUGUAUCGGCGAUGUGGCAGCAGUCCUGCUCGUCCACUGCCUGAUUUCUGGGAGACAAUCCGCUCGCGGAUGGCAGCCAUCACCAGCUGGGUAUUCAAUGAUGAGCCGAUAUUGGAGGGCUGCCAAGUGGAUUUACACUUGCCUCACUUCGACUUGGAUGAGGUGAACACAGACCUGGCCCUGCUUUUCAAAGCCAGACCUGGGCAGCCGGCG